AUGUGUCAGUACUAUCAAUGGACCUGCUCAUGCUGUAUCUCAGUCAACGAGUGUGUGGUGCAAUGUGCAACUGCGGCGGUCAAUUUGCAGAAGUGUUUACGAUACGGAGACUGCUUACCUCUGCCACAAGAUGCACCUCCUUUGCGAUGCGUCCACUGCCAUCGAAUGAACAAGGCUGUCUAUCCAACUGCCUACCAGAAUCCAGCCAAGGGACCGCAAUACCCUCAACACGACGCUCGACCUCAAGCCAAGAAGCCGUUUCAAGGCGCCGGGGAUCCUCAAAUCGCGACAAUGAUAGCAUUCUAUGACAAACGACGGUCCGAAGUUUUCGCAGCAGCAAGAAAAAGCCCUUCUGAUGCCGAAUUGUCAGGCAAGAACGCAGCUUGGGAGCAAGCUUGGGAUGAGCUUCGAAACAGGAUGGUUGGGGAUGACUCCCUUUCCACCAAGACGCACGGUCAAGCACGAGACCAACCGUCAAAUGGGUGUUCUAACAAUGGCCGUCCCAGUGAGAAUGGACAAAAUCGCGGCUAG